AUGAAGAGCCGACGGCGGCCGAGUUCCUCGCGGCUGCUUGUCGGUCGAAGCUCGUUCUCUUCUUCUCUCGCACUCGACAAAGCGUCUGGCGGUCUCAUGCGAGAGGAGAAAGAGCCGCACAAAGAGCAAAGUAAGAACUGCGAGAGCCAGCAGACGCAACGCGGAGAGCGAGCUUUGGAGGGAGAUGAGGAGCGUCUCGAGCAGAGGCGGCAGAAGACACGGAGAGCGGAGAAGAGCCGACAAGAGGCGAUUACAGACGUGAGAAAGAAGAAACGAACGCAUUUGUGCAGUCUGUCUGUGCCUCUUCGGACAGCACCUUCGCUGCCUUUGUCGUCGCGACGCUGCCGCAGCAUUUUUCUUCUUCUCUGCUCUCUCGUUUGCUUCUUUCCUCUUGUUUUUCUCGGUUUUUUCCACCCGACAGGGGCGCUCGUCUUCCUCGCCUACGGCGUACGUCCAGUCGGCGCCGUCUGCGCGCAGCUGGGAUCCUGUGGCGGCCGUGACAUCGCGACGUUUGCGUUUUCUCACGGACGAAACGCAGCAAACAGAAUCUGGUAUCUGAGAGACGACCGCGGUUUCUUCUCUCCGGCUCGCGACGCGCUUUCACCGGAUGUCUAUACACCUCGCAGCGGUGGUCUGUCUCUCGCGCCAAGUGCUGCAGAGGCGCCGUCGAGGGCGGCAGAGGCAGAGCCUUCCUCGGCGUCUCUGCUACUUGCUCACUUUGUCCCCGCAGCAACAGAACACUGGAAAGCAGAUUCGAAAACCGCUCUGCAGCUCCCAUCCACCUCGGCGUCAUCGCGCCUUCCCUCUGUCAUGCAUUUGUCUUCCUCCUCGAAGCGCUCCUCGCAACGGGCGGCGGCAUCGCCUCCGUCGGCUUCUGCCGCCUUGCCUCUUCUUGGCCGACAGCCUUUGCGCGUCUCGACGUCGUUCGUUCUUUACCGGCGUCUCCCGUCUCGCCUCGCGCCGCUCGCGCCGCUCGCGCCUUCGGCGUCUUUUUCUUCUGCUUCUCUCUUCUCUGCAAACACAGAGCCGAGUUCGCUGCGGAGCAACGAUGGAUUUCUGCCUGGGAUCUCGGAGGAAGCGAAAACGCGGAGCCUCUCAAGAGUCCAAACGUUUCUCGAAAACAAGUCGAGACGGUCGGGGAGAGGACGCUCACGGUUCCAGCGGCGCUGCGCGUUUGCUGGCGCGGGACUCUCACGCUUCCCCCUGCUUUCGACGGCUCUGAAAUUCAUUUUCAUCACUCCGUUGACGCAUGCGUUCAUCUGUUUCUCCAGUCUGUCUCCACAGUUUCCUUCCCCGCUCCGUUCGCUUCGUGCGUCCGUCUCCUCUCCUCCCGCUUCGUACUCGUCUUGCCUCUCGCCUCGGUCUCUGCCCUCUUCUUCUCUCUCUCCUCUCCCCCCUCCGCCUCUGUCUCCUGUUGCACCGCCUUCUCGGAGUUUGUCUUCUCUCUCUUCUCUUCUCCCCCUGUCUCCGGCUCCUCUCUCUCCUCUCUCUCCUCUCUCUUCUCCUCUCCGUUCUCUUUCUUUUGUGGAUGCCCACCGGGCGCCUGGCAAACGGCGGCCGCUGCUCGCUCGCCCUCUGCCCUUUGGCGCUGCAGGUGUGUCUGCAGGCGCGGACGAAAGCGACGCUUCUUGCGACGGCGCCUCUUCGGAGUUCCUCGACUCGCUGCGGCACGCAGCAGAGCGGAUGGCGGCGGAGCGGUGGAGACAAACUCGCGAGGGCGAGCGCCUGGUGGCUGCGCUGACGGCGGCCGAGCGCGAGGAGCAGCGCGAGCAGGAGCGCAGGCGCGAGGAGCGACGCAGACGGCUCUUCUCCGGAGAGGCGCCUCUGACGCUCGAGGCGCUGAAGAGAGACAAGGAACUGGGGUACGUCCUCGACGAGUUGAUUCAGCGUAAGCGAAUGGAGAAACAGAGACGCGGCGCCCUCGCGCUCCCGAUCAAACGCCGCUUCCCCCUCAAACUCCUCCGCGUCGGCACCGAGCUGUACGGACGCGUGAAGAAGAUUCUGCCCUUCGGCUGCCGCCUCGACGUCGGGUGUCUUGACACCUCGGCGCUGCUGCAUGUGCGAGACAUGAGCGAGGUAGUCGCGGCGAAGGAGGCGGGCGCCGCCUUCGCGAGGGAAGCGCGAGAAGAAGAAGAUCGCGGGCAGCGGCCAGCCUGCGUGGAUCAGACUGGCGCGACGCGUUCGUAUCUCCCCUCGAAGACCGCGCGAUGCCGUAGGAGCGCCGCCGGACUCCCCGAAGAAGAUCAAAACCGCCUCGCUGCGCACUGGAUUCAGAGCCCCAGCACGGUCCUCCAGCAGGGCCAAAUGCUCCGGCUCUACGUCAAACAUGUCGAUCCUGCAACGAACACUCUCGCGGUGUCUACUCGUCCCCCUUACGGUUCUGUUUCGUUUGCCCUUUCUCCUUCCCCCUCUUCUUCUCCUGCUUCGUCGGAUGCCUCUCCUACGGACUAUCGAGGAGAUCUGAGCUUGGCGGAGAUCGCGCGAGUCGAGGAGGAGCGUCGGGAGCGCGGUCGACAGAGUUUUGGCGACUUCUUCGUCGGGCAAGCGGUGGAGGGUCGCGUGACUCGCGUAACUUACCUGGGGCUCUUUCUGGACAUCAACGGCGAGGAAGACGCGUUCAUUCACUUUUACGAGCUGCACAGACGACGCAUGCAACAACUGAGCAACCGAGAUCGACAGCGCGUAGAGGCGGCCCGGAGGCGCUUCGACCCUGUCGCCCUCGAGGUGCUCCGCGCCGCAGAGGCAGGCGUCUCCGACGAGGUGGAGGAAGCCGAGAGGCGUCGCCGGCGAGAAGUGGAAGGCCGCGACAGUGGCGAGUUCAGCCGUCUCGCAGCUCUUCGAGAGAUGUUUGCGGAGAAGGACGACGAGGUUCUCGGCGCAGACGGCGCGGCGGCCAGGCGAAAGGUCGAGGAGCGGCGAGAUCGCGAACGAAGGGGAAACAAGUGGAUUUACAACGUCGGCGAGUGGCUUGCGGACCUCCGAGUCGCCUCCAUCGAUACCCGACGCAAACGCAUCCAGCUGAGUCGGCGGCCAGCCUCGGAGCUCCUCUCCCGGUGGCGAAAGCAGCUCCGCGACGAACAGCGCGAAAUCCUGACGCCUCAGCAGCGAGAAGGCCUGAGAAAGGAGGAGGAGAGCGAGGAGGAGAACGAGGCCAUGAAAGCCUUGCGGAGGCGGCGAGAAGAAGACCUCGCCCUCAAGGUGUACAGACAGCACAAGAAGAAGAUGGCGGCGCUGGCGCGCGAGAGAGAGGGUGUCGGCUCAGCAGACGAAGGCGGCGGGGCGAGGAAGGGGGAGGGAGAGAACGAUGAGAAGAAGGCGCAGGGAGAGGAAACGGCAGACCCGAUCGCGAGGAAGAAAGCUGAACAGAUGCGGCGAUUCAAGAGCUUUGGAAUCGACAUCUUCGAAGAGAAACGCGACGAAGAAGAACUCCGCGAGGCGAUGGAAUACCUCCAACGAUGGAGGGCCGCCUACGCACAUCGACGCAUGCAAGAAGCCGCCUACAAAGAAAAGAAGAGACUCCAAAGACUCGAACGGAAGGCGCCGGACGAGAUGUCCACGCAAGACGCUUGGCGCCUGGCGGCGACCGUCGACGAAGAAAUUGGACUGAAGGAUUUGGUGGACGACGCGCGGAAGCACGCCAAGCUGUCGGGUGUACGUACACUGCAGCUUCCGGACUUCUCGGGGCGGUAUCCGAGAGUGCGAGAAGUGGAGCCUGAGGACUUGGAGCAGUUUUAUCCGGGGGUCUUGACACCUGAGGAGUCCGCGGCAGCUGGGAGCGAGACGCCUGGAGGUAAACUCGAAGGCGCCGCGGAUGCAUGCGUGAGAGAAGAUCUGCGAGAGAGUGGGCUGCGGGGAGACAUAUGGACGGACAAGACGGGCAGCAACAGAGAAGAAGCGCCGACCGGGCAGGCCACAGAGAGUCAGACGGACGGCCAGAAGGUCGGGGAGAAGGACGGAGCCGCGGCGAGACGAGCGCAAAGUCGACGCCUCCCUUCAAGAGCAGAGGAGAGAAAGGAGGAUUCUGAGGACGUCCAGAGAGAACCAGAAAACGACCCCAGGAAAGGAGACAAUGAAAGGACAGACAGAGAGGGAACAGCGAGAGAGGCAGAAGACAGAGAGAGAAGAGAGCGAGAGGCAGACGACGGAGAAAAAGAGGGAGACUUUUUUGAUCGAGCCUUUGAGAAAAUGAGACGUCGAACAGAAAUGAAGCUGAGGGAGGAGGCGAUCCGAGCAGGAGAACCGCGAGAAAACCUCUGGACAGGACGCUCGAGAACCGAGGUCGAGGACGGCACUGAGGCAGACGCCAGUUGCAGGCAGGCCUUAAACGAGCCGCAGGAGAGGGGAGAAAAAGAAGAGAAGGGAGAGGAAGCGGAGAUGGGUGAGCGCAAGGGGAGAGAGGACGUCGAAGGCGUCCAGAGAAGAGAAGGAGAACAGAGAGCAGAGGCAAAUGAUGCGAAGCAGAGAGCGGAUCAAAGAGAGGAGACGAUAGGCCUGCCGGCGCCAGAGGCGUUCGUCAACGUCGGGAAGAAUCCUGCACUGCGCGUUUUGCGUGAUCUCGCACUCUCCACAAGCCGCCAGAGGCCUGCCAAGAAGGAAGACGACUUCACAGAAGAAGAGCGAGAAGCCGUUUUGAGAGACCUGCGCAUGCACGCCAUCGAGGCCUUCCAGAAAAUGCAGAGGCGCCCCGCGAAAAAAAAAAGAGGCGGAAAAAAUCGACGCGAAAGAGAAGAAGCCUGGGCGAACCAAGUGUUCCUCGAAGCCGAGGCAGAAGAAGAAGAGUGGAGAGAGAAAGUCAAAGCAGGCUACAGAGACGAGACAGACGACGCCUUUGAUGAGGUGCUCAGUGCACUCGGAAUCGAAGAUCUGACUGAAGAGGUUUUGGAGGAAGCGCGAAAGCGACAGAUUCUGCAGAAACUCCAGGCGGAUCGCUCCGACCUCGCCGGCGAUGUGAAGAAAAUUCUGCGCUCUCUCGUCGCACAAAGAGACCGGCAUGAGGUGCAAGCCUUCGAGGAGGCGGCCGGAGAAACAGUUACGUCUGAGCGCGACUGGGAGGCGAAGGCAACAGCGGCUCAGCGGCUCCUCUUUCAAGGCUCCGAGGCUUCUUGGCAAAAAGAGAUCGAGGAGGAAUUCGGACCUCCCGACGAGUUGGAUGCGUCUGACAAGAAGAUUCGGGAGACGCUUAUGAAGCAUGCAGCGCGCGAGGAGAAGAGACAGCGCAAGCAGGAGCGGCGGGAGAGACGAAAGGCGCUCGAAGAGGAGAGCCGAUCUGGGGGCGGACAGGCGCUUCGAGAGCUCUGGAGUAGCUUCGACGGCUUCGCAGAUGCGGACGGAGAAGACGAAAAAUGGACCGCGGAAGAGCGCGACGCGACGCGGCAGGCACCGGACGAAGGCUUCAGGGAAGCGUGUAAGGAUGAAGGGGAGGCAGCGUCGGACCGCGAACCGCGAGAAAGAGCGGCAGCAGCGAUGCACGACACUGGCGGAGACCCGCAGGCCGAGGCGCGAAAAGUCGCAGAAACUGGAGAGGGGGAAGGCAGGAUCCCUCAGCCUCAUGUCGCGGACGCCACAGCCGAGGAGGGGCACCGGCAGACGCGAAGAAUGGAGGAGCUCGAGUUCGACGAAAGUGCAUUUCUGAAUGAACUUGAACAAGAUCUACAAGAUCUCCUUGGCCAGGAUGGAGAUGAGGAAGAAGAAACCAGCGUGGACGGGAUUGAAGACGAAGAUGAAGAUGAAGAGGAAGAUGAAGAGGAAGAGGAAGAUGAAGAGGCCUGGAACGAUGAGGAAGAAGUCUGGCCAGGGUAUCAGGCAGACGGAGAAAAAGAGAAUCAUAACGACGAUGAAGAGAGAGGAGAGGGCGACCUACAUCCAUGGAGGAGCGUCGCUGGAGGGAUAGCUGAGAACUCGAACUUCUCUCCCCUUUCUUCGUCGCCUUCUUCUUCUACUCCGUCUUCUGCGCCUCCGUUUUCCUCUUUUUCUCAUUCUGUUUCUCCUUCUCCGUCUUCGCUGGGGCGGCGCUCGUCUGUGCGGUCCAUUCGUUUCCAGGACGGCCAGUCACUGUCGCGUGACUCCGAUCCUUCUCUACGUUACUUGCAUGCGUCUGAGUUUGCAUGUCGCGCCUCAGGAGGGUCGCCUGCCGAGGACGCGCGAGAGGCUGCGAACACAGGAGAGCAGCGACGCUCCGAGAUCAGCCUCGGCCCCAAGUGGGGAGACGAACAGGUCGACGAUCACUCUGGAAACCGUCAACGGAUCGAAGCGAGCACAGCCCAGUGGCAGCGGGGCCUGACCGCGCGCGCGCGUCUUCUGAUUUCUUCUUCGUCGUCUCUGUCCGCGGUCGACGCGUCUCAACUCGCCUCUCCGUUAUCUGCGGUGGCAGGCGCAGUUCCGCGUUUAGCACCGGAGGCUGCGUCGUCUCGCGCGGCGUCUCCGUCGCCAGAGUCCUCAGGACUCGCGCCGCAACCUGCGAUCGUCUCGGUCGGCGCCUCGCCUUGCCUUUCUUCGUCUGCGAGCUCUGCCCCUCUGCAGUCGCGCGAGGAGACGCUCGUACGCGAGGCCGUGGCGUCCGCGGUGGAGGCGCAUCAGCGGGAGAAGGAACGCAGAGCGGCGCUUCGAGAGAAAGGGCAGAAGCGGCGAAGCUCGACGGAGAGAGGCGAGGCAUCCGAGGUCGAGGCGACGCGCGUUCACGGAGCAGCGAGGCGUCCAGUGAACGCGUUUCUCGAGGAAGAGCGCGAGCGGCAACGAAGAGAGAAAGAAACGGCAGAGUUCGACGCGCGCCGCGCCGAACGCCUCUCCGCGGCCAACGCCCUGCGCCUCCCUGAACGCCCUGUACGUACACUCGAGGAGCUGAAGCGCCUGCAGCAGACGCAGCGCCGGGAGGCGGAAAUGAUGGCACAGGCGGCGCGCGACAGCGAAAGUCGAGCAGCGGCGAAGGCCGAGAAGAAGCGACAACGCGAAGAGCGAGCGCAGCGGCGGCAGGCGCUGGCAGGCGAAGAGGAGUUGCUCGGUGGCGAAAAGGGCUGGAAGCAAAGUCCACAUCGGAUUCUCCUCGAAGCCGCGCGCCGCAGUCACGAAAGAGGCGUCUUUGGCCAGAUGCUCGGCGUUUUGCACUCGGACGACUCGCAGGCGCGAAAGCGAGAAAGACGGGUGCUGAGACAUGCCGGCGAAGUCAGCGGCCCAGAGAGCGAAGACACGUAG